AUGAGCGGUGCCGAGGAGGCGGCGCCGGCGGGGGUGCGCAACUUGCGUGCCAUGUUUGAAGGCAAUGCUGGCGGAAGCACGCCGCAGCCCAUCAAAAAGCCAGAUGGAAUUCGCACGAAAGCGGGUGGGGCAGUGCCCAAGGCCGACAUGGGAGGCGAGCGUGCCGAAGCGUCCAAGGCACCCACCGCCCUGGAAGCCUCCCCAGAGGCCAAGGAACCGAAAGCGGCCAAAGAAGCCGACGCACCUACUCCAAGAGAUUCAGAAGAGGCAGCGCCCGACUUUGCGGCGCUGCGCCGCUCGUUUAGCAAGAGCAGUGUUUCCGAGGACAGCAAGCGUGCAGCAGAAAAGGACGUGGCCCCACGACCGAGCCGGGGCGCCAAGGAAAAGCCGGCCCUGCGCCCCAAGCCCACCGUUGUCUCGCGCACCUCGAGCGAGACAAAAGACGAGGCAAGAGAAAAAGAGGCGGCAGACGCGGCCGAGCCCGAGCCCGCCGAGGACGAGGCGCGUGACGCGCCGUCUUCCCCCAGUGCCUCCCCGCCUGCGAAUACCGAAAGUGCGAAGCCCGCGCGGCGCGCGCCUCCCCCCGUCGCAGCCAAACCAAAACGGGCCGACUCGGACACUUUUCGCAAGCACGCGGAUGAGCCGCCGACACUCCCAACGCGCCCCCGAAAAGAGAGCACGGACAAGGAGCCUCCCCCCCGCCCCACAUCCAAGCCGGUGCGCAUUGCCCAAGUGACCGACUCGCCUGCGCUCAGCACCGACGACGAGCCGCUGCCGUCGACGCCGCCGGACGCCCGCCGCACCGCCCCUGUCGUGCCGAGCGGCCGGCGCUCGGCCCCUGCGCCUCCCGAGUCAAAGAGCACGCCAGCGCGCUAUACGAGGUGCUUCCAAGCUAUCUGUGACUCUACGCUGGAUCCCCCCCUGGCUCGUCCUGCGUCCGUGCGCAGUGUGUGGGCGAAAAGCAAGCUCCCAAGCACGGACCUCGCCGAGAUUUGGACGGCAGUCGCCGGAUCCGACACGUCCGCACGCGGCCUGACCUGUGCCCAGUUCGCCUCUGCGCUCGGCAUGAUUGAUGCCAAGCUGCGUGUCGCGCGCCCCGCCGCGCCCGCGCCCCCCCAACUCCCGCAGCGCCCUCGCUAG